GACUGUGGGUAAAUUUCUGUCAGUGUCGAUACGGCUUUACAAUAGGCUUCAGUAUCAGUUUUAUUUGUUUAUAGUCGUAACACGUACACUUUUCAAGUUAUUCUGGAUGAAAAAAUUCUGUGAAAUAUUUAAAAGCCCCACCAAAAAGUGCUAGUUGUUCAAUAUUUGUAGUAUCCUUUUGUCUUGAUAAAAGUCUAUGUUCAAUUUGGGAUUCGAAAUGUUCCGAUUAACGCGCAACUCACUAUCGCGGGCGUGCAGCCUCGCUCGUUUUAUCCGCCGGCCGGAGAUCACUUCUCGCGGAUACGCCUCGCAGGCAAUCAACCAGAUGCUGCACUUGCAGCAGAUGGAAAUCUGCGCGGAUCCUCCGUCGCGUGGCCUGGUCAUAGGCGUGUUCGCGGACGAGGAGGACAAGAACGAUGCCGGAAUCCUGACGCCCACGGGAUGGCGGUACAACCUUCAGAAGACCAACGGCCGGUUGUUGGAGGUGCUACGGAUGUCCGGACCCAUGCCCAAGCGGGGCGAGACCCGUAUGCUGUUCGCCAUUGAGCCGGAGCGAAUUCCCUACUACUCGGCAGUGGCGGUCGUCGGUCUGGGUAAGGAGUGCCUGGGCUACAAUCCCUACGAGGUCCUGGACGAGCAGAAGGAGGCCAUUCGGCGAUCUGUGGCGGACGCCUGUCGUAUUCUCGCUGAACUGGACACUGACCGGAUUGAGGUCGAGAAUUGCGGUCAUGCCGAAUCUGCGGCCGAAGGAGCUGCCCUGGGCAUCUGGCUAUACCAGGAGCUGCGGGAUCCAAAGCGACGAAUCUCUGUGCCCUCCAUCGACCUGUUCGCCAGCAAGGACGAGAUCUGCGACAUCGAGGGCUGGCGCAUUGGACUCCAAAAGGCUGCCGCGCAGAAUCUGACCCGUCAGCUGCAGGAGAUGCCCUCCAACCUGCUCACUCCCACCGCUUUUGCACAGAACGUCGUCGAGGUGCUCUGCAAGUCCGGUGUCAAUGUGGAGGUCAAGGUCGAGGGCUGGGCAGAGAGCCAGUCCAUGCACGCUUUCCUGGCGGUGGGCAAGGCCUCCUGCGAGCCCCCAAUCUUUUUGGAGUUGAGCUACUACGGCACCUGUGCCGAGGAGCGGCCCAUCGUCCUGGUGGGCCAGGGCGUGACCUACGAUGCUGGUGGCCUGUGCAUCAAAGACAAGCACGAGCUCUUCCACAUGCGAGCCGAUAUGACAGGAGCGGCGGUGGUGGUGGCCACGUGUCGGGCGGUGGCUGGACUCAGAUUGCCGGUCAACAUCCGCGGUCUAAUUCCUCUGUGCGAGAACGUCAUUGGCUGCAACUCCUUCCGGCCCGGCGAUAUGGUCAAGUCCAUGAAUGGCAAGACCAUCGAGGUCCAGUGCACGGACCACGAGGAUGUCCUCGUGCUGGCCGAUGCCCUGCUUUAUGGACAGAACUUCUGCCCCAAGUGUAUCAUUGAUAUCGGCACCUGCUCUGGAUACAUGCGGCAGUCCCUGGACGAGGCCGCCUGCGGUGUGUUCACCAACUCUGAAAUCCUGUGGCAGCAGAUCAAGCACGCAAGCAUGCACACUGGUGACCGCGUGUGGCGUUUCCCCCUGUGGAACUACUACAGCAAGGCGGUGCGAGCGGGACAGCGCAGCGAUGUUCAGAACUACGGCAUUGGACGCGGAGGACGUCCCUGCAAGGCCGCUGCUUUCCUCCGAGAGUUCGUGCCCUGCGGCCAGUGGAUGCAUAUAGAUGCCACCAAUGUGAUGAUCACUCGGGGAGACGAGUUCGAGUAUUUGCGCAAGGGCAUGGCUGGACGACCCACGCGGACUCUAAUAGAGUUCAUUGCGCAGACCAUUUGCAAGGAUACAGCUCCCAAGAUGGGCAAGUGAUGAUCCUUGACAUGGCGUUCUAAUGACGAUACCACACGUACAGUGUUGUUUUACUGACUAUUGACUACUGAGAAACCUAUAACUUUCAGAUGCAUUUAUAAUUGGGACUCCGCAAUGUUAAAAUUACUUCGCUUUAAUGAGAUAUAAAAAUCAAACAGUUGUAUAAAAAGUAA